AUGAGAAACCAAGAAUCGGAGGGAGCAAAUCCGGAUUUGGAAUCCGACUCGAAUCGAAAUGGCAAUUUGAAAAUCGCACAAAGCGACCAAAGUCUUGUUACAGUUCUCGACGACAUCAAAUCUUCCAAAUCAAAGGCUGUUAUUAACUACGGAGCUUCGUGGUGUGGAGUCUGUAGCCAGAUAUUCCCAGCGUUCCAAGAGCUAAGCAAGAGUUUUCAAGGGCUUAAGUUCGUGUAUGCAGAUAUCGACGAGUGCCCUGAAACCACCAGUCAAAUCCGUUACACUCCGACGUUUCAGUUUUACAGAGACGGCGAAAAAGUCGACGAGAUGUAUGGCGCUGGUGAAGAUAGGCUCCGUGAUCGUCUUUGGCUUCACUCUUGA